AUGCACAAGAUCACCAAUUUCACGGGCCAGGCCCGUCAUGGUUGGGAGCGAAUGACACCGACGUUUGGCAUGUCGCGGCCUCAUGCAGAGUUGGCUUCCCACUCGCUUCGACGGCCCCAUGGCGCACCUCCGAUGACUCCGCCGACCGGUAUCGAUCCUACCGUCAACCUCUCCUUCAAUGUGCCGUUUUCCUCGACUCUCGCCGGUCCAGAUGUGGAUGAUGUACUGCACGCGAGCCCCAAGGCUCUCCAGCGGUGGUCGUUUCCUGAGGGCACCCCCGAAGGCACGCCCAUCCACCAGCUGCCCGUCCACACCAGCAACGUCGAAGCCCUACGGAUACUGUGCCGUCAAAUCACCGAAAGCAGCAAUGGGAGGGUCGAGGCACUGGUCAGCUCGUCGGAGCCCAAGACCGUUCCGUCUCUACAACGUCGGCCGCAAAGAUUGGCUACCAAUGUCUGCAUCACCGGUGACGGGGAGACUGUGCGAAAAAUGCGAGCCAAAAUCCUGAAUGAUACGCCUAUCUUGCUGCGAUGUGCGACCGUUGACGUUGAUACGCAUCUCAUCACGGAUAACCAGACCAAGGAGGUCCGACCGCCUGUCCUGGAGCACCUGGACACUUUAGCCGCCUAUACUGGCACGGAUAUCUUUCUCCUCACUCCCAAGCUUCGUGAUAACGAUAGUGCCGUUGUCUCCUCGUAUGGGUACGCCACAGACAAUGGAUUGGAUCAACGUUUCCGGGUUUGCAUCUAUGGCGAUAUGGAGAGCACGGAACAUGCCAAGACAAGGGUUCUGAUCAUGAUCGAUCAAAUUCUCAAACGUCACGUCGAUGCCGUGAAACUGGAUCUCACCACCCACACUCUGGUCUGUGGUCGCACUCGCAAGAAUAUCAAGCUCAUCGAAGCCGCCACUGGCACAGCCAUCUAUUUUCCUCCUCCGUUUCCGCGCAUCUUCGGUUACAUCCCCCCAGGCGCCCACCGUCGUAGUGAAGACGAAGUUUACAUCACGGGCGAGACUCAGGAACAAAUUGCUCGGGCUAAGCAGAAGCUGCAUGAGCUGGUGAUGGGUGUGAAAGUCUAUGUCAAGGAUGUGGUUGUCAACUCCAACAAAAUCGACAACAUCCUGCUUGACCGGUUGGACAAGGUCCGGAAGGUCAUGGAAAUGAAUGGUUCCUACGUGCUUUUCCCGCAGUUGGGCAGCCAGCGAGGUAUCGUACGUAUUCAAGGGACUGAUGUGCUGCACGUUGAGCGAACUGUUAGGGAGAUCAUGGCAUUGGCCGGCCAAUUUUACAGUGCUUCGUGGUGGAUUCUCGUGCCCGACCCGACCCCGGGUGCUGUUCGAACCCCCACUCAUGCGGAAGUGCGGACAAUGCUCUCCGACAUCUGCACCAAUUCCGGCGCUGAAGUUAGCUUCGACAACCUGAACUUCACCAUUAACGGAUCCGACGACGCUGUCAAGGCCGCUAUGACGGUCAUCAAUCAGAUCCCCUUCGUUCAGCGCAGCCAGUAUCAGAUGCGUGUAAAGAUUGAGUUAGCGAACGAGCACAAGGAGUUCGUUAGCGGCAAGAAGAACGGCAAGAUCAACAAGAUCAUGGGCCAAAGCAACGUACAAAUUAUCUUUGAUGGCUUCAACGAGUACAACUUCUACAUUGAUGUUUGUGGAAACCAGUUUGAGUCGACCAAGAGCGGUCUUGAUCUUGUCGAGCAGGAAAUGCCGGCGUCAAUUUCCUUCCACGUCCCUGACCAAUAUCACAAGCGUAUCAUCGGUAUUGGUGGACAACACAUUCAGCGGAUCAUGAAGAAGUACUCUGUCUUUGUGAAGUUCUCUAAUGCCAUGGAUCGCGGCGGUAUGGGCAAAGACGACGAUGAUAUUAAGGUUGACAAUGUCAUCUGCCGGACCCCUGCACGAAACGCGCAGAGUCUUGACUUGGUCAAACAGGAGAUCAUGGACAUGGUCGAGAAAGUUGAUGCCGAGUACGUUUCAGAGCGCGUGGUGAUCAACCGACUGUAUCACCGUGAACUGCUUGCCCGCAUGCCGGAGAUCGACGAACUCGAAAAGAAGUGGAACUGCAAGAUCGAGUUUCCCAGCACAGAGCUUGCAAGCGAUGUCGUUACAAUUUCUGGUCCUGAGUAUCAGGUCCCGCAAGCCGUCGACGCCUUGCUGGGAAUGGUGCCUGAAAGCCAUGAACUUCUGUUCCAGAGUUCACCGGAGCUGCGAGAAUUUUUCAGAGGUGCAGAUUUUCGCGAGGACGUUUGCGCCAAACUCAAGGAUCAGUACGAGGUUGAUACCACUGUGGAUAUCCCCGAUGUGCAGGCUACUGAAAACGGAUCGGAUUCGCCCGCGUUUCCUCCUGAGGACCGCGUGAUACUUGGGUACACGCGCAACAAUGCUGGCGGUCUGAAAGACGCAAUUGACUUCUUGAUCUCUCGACUUGUCGCGCAUGGACUCGAUGCUACCACGGUUAAAGGGGCCAUCCCGCGGCCCAAGUCUGACUCCUUCGAAGAGUCCUUACCGUUCUUUGACUCGAAGCUGUUGCAGCAUGCUCCCACUCCGAUCGCUACAGACUCUCCCACCCGGCCCAGUUUCACUGACGAGACGAGUGAGCGUGGGUCAAUCUUCGAGCGACUCAGGAAACCCGGCAGCAUCUCUUCGUUUUCUUCAUUCAUCGGCCGCAAGAACCAUUCCGCCUCCCCGGCUUCAUUCUUCAAGCACGCCUCCAGCAAUGCAUCAAAGGCAUCUCUGGUUUCCAUGGAAUCCCGGGAUAGCGGCUACCGCAACCCGUGGAAUGACUCUGGUGUGAACCUCCCCGAGGAUGACCUGCCCGCCCUCGGAAGUUCCCACAGCCACAGCAGUAGCAAUGGCUGGCCCGCGCGCUUUGACACGAAAUUUCCAUUCGGUACCGCGCCGGGAGACAUGACACCCAAGCAUGAGCUCCGCGCAUCUUUUGAUAGUGGUCGUCCUAGCACUUCCAAUUCUACUUCUGGAUACCCGGCCCCUAUUGGGCCACCGCGUUAAAAUCAAUGUCAAUUUGCAGCAGUAUACCCCAAGAGAAAUUUCAGUUUCAAAUUUUUGUUACCCUUUGCUAUCACUACUGUUACGAGCGAAUUAUUGUUUCGGAUUUUUUGUCUUGACGCAGUUUUUGAACUCACUCAUAUUGUUUUUUGAUACCACGGAGAG